AUGCCACGUCUCUCCACCGCGCUCCUUCGCCAUGCCUACACGAUAGACCCACUCCUCCCAUUGCUUCUCCGCCCAUGUCGCAAUCUCCUGGCUGCCCAGAACGAGCUGCGAUGGCUCCGUGAAUACGUCGACAUGGUCGCGCGGUCGCGACGUAUGGGGCAUCGAAAGGCUGAUCGCAAGUCGCUGCUGAGGCAAUUGGCGCGGGAAAGAGCUUCCGGCAAGCCGCUACAGUAUAUCCUAGGUACAGAAUACUUUGGCGACCUGGAGAUUCGGUGUCGACCGGGAGUAUUAAUCCCAAGGCAAGAGACGGCUGCUUCUAUCACAUAUCUCGUGCGUUUAAUUCGCAAUGCGCAAAGCCUUCCGCCCGAGCUUCGGGUCCUGGAUCUCUGCACGGGCACAGGCUGCAUUCCACUCCUCUUUCACCACGAGUUCUGUUCCGCGCGAAAGGAUGUAGCACUACGUGUGCUUGGGGUUGAUAUCUCAGAGAAAGCUACCGAACUUGCAGAAGACAACCUUCGUCAGGUGCAGCGCAGAGGGGACUGCCUGGAUCAAGGUGAAAUGGGCUUCAUGCUUGCCGACGUUUUGAUUGAUCCCUUCGGAGACCAAACUCUUAAGCCGCCGUCUGUGAAAGCAGCGUUCAACUUCAAUAGGAAGCCAGUCUUCUGGGAUGUCCUCACCUCAAAUCCGCCAUAUAUCUCGCCAUCAGCGUACUGGAAGACAACUACUCGCUCUGUCCGUGGCUUCGAACCAAAGCUAGCUCUUGUACCACCACCAGCCCCAGGGAACUGCGGUAUAGAGCAGGGAGACCUCUUCUAUCCCCGAAUAUUACACAUCGCGCGUGACGUCGAAGCAAAGAUUGUUUUGUUGGAAGUCGCUGACAUGAACCAAGCACUCCGAGUCGCGAAGAUGGCGCGCGAGCUCAAUAUCUUUGAUGGUGUUGAAAUAUGGAGAGACCAGCCUGACCAGAUUGAUGACUCUAGUUCGGCUGAGUUACAAGGAUUUCCCGUAAUAGGCCAGGGCAAUGGUCGCUCAGUCCUGUGCUGGAGAGGUAUUGGAGCCACCUGGCUUGGCAAAGGCGCCUCCCGCAACAACCUCAACCUCAUUGAUGACCACCGACUCUUCCGCAGCUACUGGCGUUCUCCAUUUGGUUGA